UUCACAAGAUCUAGAAGGAUUUUCUCAGCCUUUUGGGGUAGGGCCUGGCCCCAAUACUUAAUAAUCUCUUUAGACUUAAGGCUGAUUGAUGCCCAAGCCUCUUGGCCAAAAUUCUUAGUGUUGGUUGCUCUUUGUUCUGCUAACAAGCUUAUCUCUUGUUCUGGGAACGUAACCCAUUUGCAGUUGAGUCCAAUUAAGUCCAGUGGGGGAUGCCCUCCAGUGAAAGGGCUUCUCUUUUCAGUCUCUCAGUGGAGCUGAUUUGUCCUGAAAAUCUUUCCCUGAAAACAUUUCAUGGCUUCUGAAGACUUGUCUGGGAAGCUGUUCCCCAGCAUCUAUUCUACAAAAUGUUUCAGAAUGAUUCAUUGGAACCUGAGAAGGAAGGUCACUCAGUCUUUUCACCAGCAGAGCACAAUAUCGUGGCUGCUUAUUUGAUCACAGCAGGUGUGAUAAGUAUUCUCAGUAACAUCAUUGUGCUUGGCAUCUUUGUUAAAUACAAGGAACUUCGGACAGCAACAAAUACAAUUAUUAUAAAUCUGUCUGUUACUGAUAUAGGGGUUAGCAGCAUUGGUUAUCCCAUGUCUGCUGCUUCGGACCUGUAUGGAAGUUGGAAGUUUGGACAUGCUGGAUGUCAGAUUUAUGCUGGUUUGAACAUCUUUUUUGGAAUGGCAAGUAUUGGAUUACUCACUGCUGUGGCUAUUGACCGGUACCUGACCAUCUGUCAGCCUGACCUUGGGAGAAGAAUGGCUCCUUACAAUUACACCAUAAUGAUUCUGACUGCUUGGGUGAAUGGCUUUUUUUGGGCCUUGAUGCCUAUAAUAGGUUGGGCUGGUUACGCUCCGGAUCCGACAGGUGCUACGUGUACCAUAAACUGGCGGAAGAAUGAUGCAUCUUUUGUUUCUUACACAAUGACUGUUAUUGCUAUAAAUUUUGUCAUGCCCUUAGUGGUCAUGUUUUACUGUUACUACAAUGUUUCUCAAAAGAUGAAACAAUAUACUCCUAGCAGCUGCCCUGAACACAUAAACAGAGACUGGUCAAACCAAGUAGAUGUAACAAAGAUGUCCGUGAUAAUGAUUUUAAUGUUCCUGCUUGCCUGGUCCCCUUAUUCUGUUGUGUGCUUAUGGGCUUCCUUUGGAGACCCAAAGGAGAUUCCCCCAGCAGUGGCCAUCAUAGCCCCUCUCUUUGCAAAAUCUUCCACGUUCUACAAUCCCUGCAUAUAUGUGGCUGCCAACAAGAAGUUCCGGAGGGCGAUAUCUGCAAUGAUUCGAUGUCAGACUCACCAAUCAAUGCCUGUAUCCAACGCAUUACCAAUGAACGUAACUUGA